ACUGGUGUCACUUGCAAGACAGCGUCACACAGCGUUAUCAAGUUAUCACUUGUGUCGUCUGCACUACAUAAAGACAGUCUUGACGUUUGGAUUGACAUUUUAUUCUUCUAUUUUAAUUCAUUUAUUCUCUUAAUCAUGCCUAAUAUUGUUAAUGAAAUCAAGUUAGACUUCAAGGAUGUUCUAUUGAAACCAAAACGGAGCAUUCUGAAAAGUCGAUCAGAUGUCAAUCUCUUCAGGGAAAUUACGUUUAAGAAUUCAAAAAGAACUUACAAGGGAAUUCCGCUGAUAGCUUCAAAUAUGGAUACAGUCGGGACCUUUGAAAUGGCGAAAUCAUUGUAUAAGCAUGGAGUGUUCACUGCCAUUCACAAGUACUACACGGCGAGCGAGUGGAGCGAGUUCGCGAAGGAGUGUCCCGAGGCUGUUUCGCAAGUGGCUGUCAGCUGUGGCUCGGGUGAGGCGGACUUCCAAAAUCUGAAGGAGGUUCUCGAAAAAGUUGCCGAGAUCCAGUUCAUCUGUCUCGAUGUGGCCAAUGGAUAUUCUCAACACUUUGUCGAGUUUGUCAGAAGUGUCAGGGCUGCGUUUCCGUCUCACACAAUUAUUGCAGGAAAUGUUGUAACUGGAGAAAUGGUGGAAGAACUCAUUCUGUCUGGAGCUGAUAUUGUCAAGGUGGGUAUUGGACCAGGAUCUGUUUGUACAACAAGAAUCAAAACUGGAGUUGGGUAUCCUCAGCUGAGCGCUGUUAUUGAAUGUGCCGAUGCUGCUCAUGGUCUUCAGGGACACAUCAUUUCUGACGGGGGCUGUACCUGCCCGGGUGAUGUGGCGAAGGCUUUUGGAGCGGGAGCGGACUUCGUGAUGCUGGGGGGCAUGUUGGCGGGACAUGACCAGUCCGGGGGGGAAGUGCACCACAAGGCAGAUGGAACCAAGGUGAAGCUGUUCUAUGGCAUGAGCUCUGCAACCGCCAUGAAGAAACGCGCGGGUGGGGUGGCUGAUUAUAGGACGUCUGAAGGUAAGACCGUGGAAGUGCCUUACCGUGGUGAUGUGGAGGCUACAAUUCUCGAUAUUCUGGGAGGUCUGCGCUCCGCCUGCACCUAUACGGGAGCCGAAAAACUGAAAGAGCUACCUCGUCGCGCCACUUUCAUCAGAUGCACCCAACAGGUCAACAGCUGUUUCAACUAGUAGCCAACCCGACAUUGUCAAUGAUUCUCAACAUUUUGUUGUUGACUAAGGCUAUCAUUUGCACAAUUGGAUAUUUACUCAUGAAAUCAACGCAUAGAAUAACAUAGAUUAUUAUUAUUAUCAAAAAUCGAACAGAACUUCCAGAAAAUGAACCUAUAAAAUCAGCGCUUAAAAACAACUUAUUUGCAGAAAUUGAAUAUUUACUCAUAAAAUUAAUGCAUAUAACAACACAUCUUAUAUGCAGAUAUUAGCAGUAUUUCAUGAUAUCAAUGAAUAUAACACCAGAACUUAAGCGCUUUUAAAUCACUUCCCGAUUGAUGUUAGGUAGAAAAAUAAUAAUAAGUGAUUUCCAAUUUGUGUCUAGUUUAUUUUUAAACUGAUUCUCUGUCGAUUCAAUUUCAUGUUAUAUUUGUAUUCCAUGCCGAUAUAAAUGAAAAUAUAACAAUAUUUAUGUAUCAUUCAUUAUAAAUAUUUUAUAAUUUACAAACUCAUUUGUGAACCAAUUUGAGCAUUUGAUGCAAAUGUCUAGUCUCAAGCAAAAUGUUCUUUCCCCAAACCCACCAAUAUGUAACUAUUUCCAUAUUCAUGUAUCAUUUAUUGUAUGUAUUUACCCAUUCACCUACGUUAUAUGAAACCAAUUUCAACGUUUGAUACUUUUAAAAAAAUAGCCAUAAGCUUCCUAUCAUAAAAUUCCUGAUAUAAUAUGUUUUUUUAUAAUUAUAUCCAUCAUAUAAGCUUAAUACUGGCCAAAAAUGAACAGAUUUUUAAUAUUCCUAAGCUUCUCAUUGUAUAUAUGGUUGUUUGAAAGUACGAGCCAAAGUAUAGAAAACUAGCUCAUACUAGCAGAUAAUGCAUAUGUAUGAAAUAACUAUUAAAAAUAUACUAUUGGAAUUUAAUCUUGGUUGGUGGGUAUAAACGUAAUCAAUGCACAAAUAAUUGUAUUUCUUAUAAUUUCAGUAAAUCUAUAUGUUUUAAAUAUUAUUUUUUGGUUGUAUCAUGUUUGGGAAUAGUGAUUAGACCUUGAGCUAAUCAUUUUAAACAAAGUCAAAAGUCUCUGAAUACGAAUUGUGAAUCAUUGCCAGUCUUUUGAACUCGGUAGUGUAAUUUAGAAGAUACUUUGAGUUGUAUUGGUGGAUAUUCAAACUUGAGAUUGUAUGUCAUUCCAAUAAUUCUCCAAGAAUCUUACGAUUCCUUUGUGGAUCAAUUUCAAUGUAAUUUUUUUGGAUAGUUGGUCAAUCGUAUGCUGUUCUAGUUAUGAAUAGAAUUUCUUUAGUAGGCAUGCGUUAAGUAAUUUAUUGAAAUAAAACACACAAAUCUAUUCAAUCGUACAUUUAUUUAUGGUAUAAGAUCAUGGUUUCGUAGAAGUCAGUCAUCAGCUUGAUUAUAAGACCUGUGUGGCCACGAAACCCUAGUCCUGUACCAUAAAUAGAUGUACAAUCGAUAUGUGUACGUUUUAUUCCAUAAUUUAGUGAAUUUUAUUGGUGCUUUACUUAGAUAAUGCUGUACUAAUCAUUUAAUCUAGUCGAGAUUGACUUGGUCACUAAAAACGUGAUUAGUCAUUUUGUUACAAUGAAAUUAACUCACAACGAGCGUUGAAUUCAACGGAAGCUAUUCUUGGUUUAUUAGUUUUUCUUGCUCAUCGAAAUCAGCUCAAAAGAUUGUAAUUUUUGCUCUUACAAACUCAUUAUUUGAAUCUCUUUAUUAUGGAAUGAAUCGAUCUGUCUCAGGAAAGUAUUAUCCAAUUUCAUUUGAAAGGGUUGAUGAUCUUCAUACUUUGGUCUGGCAUUGUCAAAUUAACGAAUGGAAAACUAUUCCUAUCUUAUUAGAUUUUGUGUAGAAUAAGAAAAUCCAACUGUUCCACCAAAUGAAUACAUUUUAUAAUUAAUGAUUAAAUCGGUUGUAAUAAAAAGCUUCCAAGCAAGUAUAUUGCUCGAAAAUUUAUUAGGAACUUGAAAUCCUUUGGUAUUUUCAAAGCUGUUGCACAAAUUCUAGUUCAAGUGGAGCACAUAUUUUUCGUUUAAGACUCACAAUUAUUAGUUAGUUAGGAUUCAAAUACUUGUAUGUCUCUCUGGUUGACAUAUGUACAAGCUUUAGAUUUAGUUAAUACAAUAAUAAGUUAAUAGGUGAGCUGUUCCCAAUUACAUAACUUCCUAUAACCAUAAUUAAUCCUCGUUAUUGAAUUUUGUUUUUAACAUUGUAAGCAAUUAUAAAAUUACAUCUCCUAUUAUAUUCUGAAUUUGAUUAAUUUUUUAUUAUUAUUUUGAAUGUGAAUUCUAAUUUGUAUUUUUAUCAUUAUCUUUACUAGUAAAAAUUUGAAUAAUAUUGUAUAAGUUUUCCGGUUUUAUAUCGUGUACUGCCUCAUUAUGAUAAUUAGAUUGCAUCACUUCCAAUGGAGCUUGAGAUAGUAAUGUUUUGAAAAUCUUGCAUUAUAUUGCAAGUCCGUUAGUGGAAUCUCUGUACGCUUAACUAGGAUGAUAAAAAUUAUGUACAUAUUGAUACGUAACAUGUACUAGUUACUAGUGUAUUACAGACUAUUCACUAAGUGUCAGGCCUUUUGUAUAGUAUAGCAUCAUUACCAAAGCGGUAAUGAAUGAUGCCGGGUUAUUCAGUGUUGAUAAUUGAAAGAAUUUUGUCUCAAUUAUGUUUAUUUAAUAUUUUUAAAAACAUAUGAGAUUGGUUGGAUCAUUUUAUCCUUUGAAUUAUAAAAAUUACGUUUCUAAUUUGUUCGGAAUUGGAAGCCUGAUGUGACUAUUGAAAUUUCUCCAAGAUUUAGAAUUUAUUAUUUAACAGAGUUUUAAAAUGUUUAUUUGGCUAAGGUAUAGUAAUACUGAAGAAGUAAUAUAGGUGAACCCAGAUCACAUUUUCAAAUGUACGAAAAUCUAUCAAUGUUAAAUGUCACUAUUGAUAACUUCAAUAUUUCAUUCAGAAUUAUCAUUAACUUUGUUAUUACCAGAAACAGAAGAAUUAAAGAUGAUCAUCCCUAUCAAGGAAAAUACCAUCAUAAAUUACAAAACUGUUAACAAUAUUUUUACUAAAACAAAAUAAUUAGAAUCAAACGUUCAAUUAGAAUGUAAUUAUUGAUACACGUUCUAUAUUUUAUUCAAGUUCCAACUUCAUAUUUUCUGUGAAAUCAAUUUUUUUAAUGAUAUUUUUUGGUAAUUUUGAUUAUGGGUUUAACUGGUUAGGUUCGUCUCCUUGAUAACUUAGUCUUCUCCUCAAAACACUAAUUGAAAUAAUCUUGUUCACUAACAGACUAAAUUGUUAAUAUUUAUUGAUAGUAAGGAAAUCACAGCAUGCUUAUUACCUUCAGUAAUAAGAACAAAUAUCUACCGUCAGGGACCUAUUGCAUGUUAGAAUGCAAGCUAAUAGUUUAAUAUUUUAAUAGCCAGAUGACUACUGAUAUUAUUAGUUUGUAUUUUAUCAUGCAACAAGGCCCUGUUUGUACAAAUAUUAAUCAUUUUUUCAAUACUUUAGCUACGACAUAGCAGUGAAUAAUAUCUAUUAGCUUCUACAUUGUUUAGCACUUGCCUUGUCAUGUCUAAGUAUUGAAAAAGUGAUCAUUAACAAGCAUUUAGUAAUGAGAAGUGAAAUUGAAGAACAAAUAUCAACUUAUUAAUUAAUCUAUAGUGUCCAUUGUUUAAGUAUUCAUCUUAAUUUUAAAAAUAUUAAAAUUCAAGUAUUAAAUUAAAUAUUAAAAUUUGUUGUGUUAGUUUCAUAAGGUAGAACUACUGGUACCGUAAUAGGAAAUAGAUUUACUGAAAUUUUCACAUAUUUAAUCAAGACUGUUUUUAGAAGUAAACAAACCUCAAAUCCAAGCAUUAAUGUUACAACAAUUAAUUAUUUCCUUUAUUUCAGUUUAACUUUUACUUCCUAGGAAUAGAUAAAUUGCCCUAAAAAUGAAGAAAUCGUUCUUUAUGUUUUCUAUUAUUGUUAUUUUCUUAUUAUAUGUUGCAGAAUCUAUUAUCUUUCUCUCUUAAUCCUCAUUGAAUAUAUUCGCAGCUGGAAAAAUUAUUCUUCAUUUUUAAUUUCGAAUUAUCAAUGUUAGCGAUCUUACUUCCAUGAAUGUGAUUUGCUAGUGGAUCGGAGAAAGUCCCUUUAACAUUAUAGUGAAAAUUAUAAAUGUAUUUCAGUUGACUUUCAUAAUUCAUAUCAUUAUAAUUCAAGUAUAAUUUAAUAUUAAUGUUCAAAGGAUCUCCUCUAAGCCUGCAGUCAACUGGUAGAAUCCUCUAAUGCCGCAUCUACAUGUUGGCCCAGUUAGCUGACCCAGCUUGCAAUGUGCUCAGUGCCCAAUAAAGGCCAGCGUCCAUCCACACAUUGGCGCUGGUCGACAUUGACCUUUGGGCCAACAUGCAGAUGUGGCAUAAAAACAAUGUGAAACGCACAAUCAAGAAGAUGAAACAAUUUGUAGAAGUUGAUUGAAUAAAUAAAUCUACAAACAUGCUGUCGCCGUCGUCUAUCUUAAUACAUCAUUUUUCCGAUUAAUACCGAUUUUUAUUACAGGAAACCAACAUGAAAUUUAGUCAUAUACACUUAAAGGUUAAAUGGACAUUCAAAUUAUUGUAUUCGAAUAAUUUACAUUACAAUUUAGAACUAAUUCUAAAUAUUGUUAGAAUUUUUAUUGUUGAAAAAAUCAAAAUAUUUUUGUGUUAAUGUUUAAGGAGAUGAAAAAAUAAAGCUAUUUUUGAAUUUA